UUACUUUUAGAUUGCAGCCCUGGUCCUGCUGAUAUUGUCUUUGUUGUGGAUACGUCCUCUAGCUUAGAAAAAAAAAACCAAAAAACCAAAUGCUUGGAGUAUAUGGGUAAAAUUUUAGAUAGACUGCCUCUAGGCAACGACAGGUUUCAAGCGGCGGUUAUUUCAUACGAUUUUGAACCAAUGGAAAUUGUAACCAUCGGUCAAUAUCAAAAUGCAGAGGAAAUUAAAAAUGUUGCCUCAGGAAUCAACUCAAGGACACAAGGUGCCACAUACACAGAAAAUGCUCUGUUAAAAAGUCUCGAAGUACUCACUGAUGAAAAUGCAAAACAGAAAGUUCACAAAAUCAUCGUCAUCAUAUCAGACGGGCUCUCAACCGAUAGAGAUGCAGCCAUUAAAGCAGCAGAACGAUUCCGGAUGUGGCCAUACCACGUGAUAAUCACAAUAGGAAUAGGUUAAGCGAUUGACCAUUUCGAGCUUGUCCAAUUAGCUUCAAAGGAUCAGAAGAAUAUCUA